UGUUUGCCGCCACAUGACCGGAAGCUCAAAAUGAAGCGGUUAAUAUGCAAAAACCUUCAUUUGGGUUUUUCUUUGAUUUAUUGGGCGUAUAACGUUAAUUAAUACAUAAUGCUACAUAUUGUGUGAUACAGAAAAGGCGCCACUUCGACGUGCAGCAGCAAUGAGACGGAAAGUUAAAGGCGAACAGCUAAUUCAUUAAACCUCGCUGGGGACAUGCUGGCAUGGCCUUUUAAUGUGAGUGGAAAUAGACCAUCAUGGAUGACUCGGACCAGGAUUUUGUAGAUCUCUGCUCAAAGCCGCUUAAACGUGUCCACAAGAAGGCAGCCGAGCCCAGACAGCCAAGGAAAGCAGAGCAUCAGCCCCCCAGUCAGGCAGGUGAAGGAGAAGACCAGAGCAGGAGUAACGAUAAAAAAGGUGACUCUGGGACCCACCCUGUUAGUGCCCGAUCAGAACAGCAUGCGGUCAGUGGAGUUACUGGACAUGAUUCAGGAGAUGACGGGUCGUCAGCUGUGCCUUCAGCAGCAAGGCCAAGAGCAAAAGACAGUGUACUUGGCAGAAUGCAACAGUUCAAGAGAGCCAGUCCACGAAAGAUGGUGCACCAGGACAAGAGCCAGCCAGCAAACGACUGUGUUCCUCUUCAACAGCCACAAAUACAAGCCGAAUCCUUCAGCUCUGGUCUUCACCCUGAGCUCCAGGACAGCGAUGAGGCUCUGGCCCUGCAGCUGCAGCAGGAGCUGGACCGAGAGGCAGCGGAAGCCCAGAUGGUGGAUCUGGAGGAUGGAGGCCUUUUCUUUUGUCAGAUCUGCCACAAAGACCUCUCACACAUGACCCCUGAGGGGCGCACCCAGCAUCUGAACAGGUGUUUAGAUCAGAGUGAAGAAAGAACCCCAGCCCCUCCUCCUCCUGCUGCUCCUCCUCCUCCCCCUGGUGUCCCUGACUGUCCCAUCUGUGGCAAGAAGUUCAAGUCCCAGAAGAGUCGCUCAGCGCACCUGAAGCGCUGCUCGACAGAUAUGGGCAUCUCUCCGGCUGUGCUGCUACAGGCUCUGCAGAGACAGGCUGAGGAGACCCAGAAUGUCCCUGCUGCUAACACACUUUCACAGACCGGAGGCACCAAAAGAAAAGACCCCUCCAAGCCGGGGCUCCCAGCAACAAAAAAGCCCAGGAAGCAGACUGAUCGCCUCGACGAAGACACUAUGGUGGCUCUGGCUCUGUCCUCCUCUCUGCAGGAGCAGGACAGGAAGGCAGAGAGGCGAUUGCAGACAGAGGGGGCUACCUGUCACACCUCCAUAACUCCAGUGCUGAAGUGGAGGCCAGACACAGGUGCAGUUAAAGGGCAUGGGAAGAAGAAAAAGGGUGCCAUCCCUCGUCCUCUGCCACUCCUCCUUGUUCAGGAUGCUCAGAUGGCUCUGACCAGGCUGCAGGAGCGUGUUUCUGCUCUCCUUCUACACAGCAGGGCUCCAUCUCCCCCCACCCCAAUCCUGUGCCCUAGCAGCCUGCCUGGCUGGAGUGGUGCUGCCCCCCUCUGGCAGAAAAGCGCACUGCUGGAUGGGGACUCCACCUGUCUGUCUGAUUUCUACACUCCAGAGCUCAGGGACUUCAUCACGCCGUGGGAAUCAGCAGUGACUGAUGCAGCCUUCUCUAACACCAGCAACAAGCCCGAGUCCUCUGUGCAGCCUGUGAGUGAAGGAAGUCCUGUCACAAAAACAAGGACCUCCAUCCUGCCUUCCUCCUCCCAGACUGCUGCUGCCUCCUGCUCCCCAGCUCUCCCCACCCCAGAGACAAAGCAGCUCCCUGUGGGCAGCCAGGCCCUGAGAGACCUGAUGGAGCUGGCUGAAGACGGCAUGACCCUCACACAGUGCGGCUUCUCUGCCUCUGGCCCUGACAAAGACAAGCAGAGCAGUGCUAGCCUGUCCGCAAACCUCCAUCUGAGUGGAUUUGUCCUGGAGGAGGCGGAGGAGCAUGAUGACCUCUGGGUGAGCGGCUUCCUGCCAGAGCCGACGCACCCACACUCAAAGGACACCAACAGCCAAGUGAGGAGAGAAACUGGUCAGCCAGGAGCAGAUAAGGAGCAGGUGGCACUGCCCAGACUGGCGUCAGACCUGAGUACCAUGGUGAACAACCCUCAGCUCAGUGAUGUGGAGCUCCAAGUGGACAGUGGAGACGUCUACUUUGCUCAUUCCUUCAUGGUGUACACUCGCUGCCCCCUGCUGACAGAAAUGGUAAAAAUCAUCCCCGUGUGUGGCAAAGUCUUGUUGGUUCAGUUUUUGUUUUGCUUUUAA